CUCAUGACCCAAGCCGAACCCAUGACCUGCGCGUUGUGUCUUUGCUCCUACUUCGCCAGGUAUCGCUUCAAGCUGCGCGUAGACCUCGCGGUGACCAACCCAGUACCAUUGGAAGAGGUUUGGAGGCGGGGCAUCAAUGACUUCGGCAUCAUCGACAUGCCGGCAUUUGGCGUCCAGUACAACGACAUUCAGGAGACCUUCGCCACGCUCAAGGAGCUGAAGGCCGUUGCUGAAAGGAAAGCUGACGCCGUCAGACCACCCUACAUCGUCCUCGGCGCUGUACCAAUGGCCAGCGCCGCAGACUACGCAUCUAAAAUGAGGAACUUGUUCACUCCGACGAUGUUUAUCUCGCAAGGGCACUACGCUUUCGCCGACAGCCACGUGACCUUCUGCCGCGUCACGCCACCCACAUUACUGCGAAAGGGCACCGCGUGGCGGGACUACCCUUACGACCUCACCGAGGCAGUCGCAGCUCUGCAGAAGAUCAAGGACGAUGGCGGAUCGGCCAAGUUGCUUGUCUCCGUCGGCAUGAAAAGCCGUCUUACGUAUGUGGCGAAGGACAUUGUGCCGAGCAUGUAUACGGCACCCUGCAUUCACGACGUCAACGUACGAGGGUUCAAUAGCUAUGUCGAGAUUUGCACGGACAGUUAUUGGCGCUCCCGGCUGGAAUAUAAUGAUCUUUUCACGGCCAUGUACGCCGCGGAUCCCUCCGACAGCAGACGGUUCGUCUACGACGACGAGUACAGCCUCUGCCAGAAGAUGUGCUCGAUUAAGGGCUCUCUCGGUCACCGCGUGCGGUUCGGCAUCGCGGUCUACGACCUGGAGUACGAGGACUACCGGGACCAGUGCUCGUGGUUGAACAAGUUUGGGGCCUUCAGUCGGGUCAAGAUGGUCCGCAAGAUCGUCGACUACUUCAGAAACUUCGAGGACCACGAUCUACGCGAAUGUCCGCAGAAUUUGUCAUGCGACGCUUUUAAAUACGUUCCUCCUCAAGCGGGAUAAACAGAAAAUUCUUCCAGCACAUUGCGACUACCUGUGUUUAACUCGCUUAACGGGCCAAAACUGCAUAGUGGGUAAUGAGCAGAGGCCUA